AAUAAAUGAAUCAAAAUGAUUAUCAAGUCUUUCUUGUAUUUUAUUUAAAAAUCCUGUUGCCAUCUCAACCUGCUCCAUGAUUUUUUCAACUCCACUGUUAUCUUUUGACGAUAAAAAUCAUCAGGCUAUCGUUGGCGAAAUUUGGAAAAGAUAAGACAUUCGCACGAACGACACUGCAGCAGUUGUGGGCCAACUCGUCACACACUAAGUCCAGAGAGAUUAAAAAGAUUUCGUCGUGCACCAGGAAACAGCUGUAGCUAACGAGAAGAGCUAGAGCAGUAACCCGUUGCAGAACAAACAAUGAGAGUCUUCGGACAGAAUCAGACUAAGGUCACGGUAGUACUCGGAACCCAAUGGGGCGAUGAGGGCAAAGGCAGAGUCAUCGACAUGCUGGCCGGUGAAGUUGACGUGGUCUGCAGGUGCCAGGGAGGAGGCAAUGCAGGCCACAAUGUAGUUGUGAAAGGUGUCAAAUAUCGCUUUCACCUUCUACCUAGUGGAAUAAUUAAUCCCAAUUGCAAAUCCGUUAUAGGCAGUGGUGUUGUCAUCCAUUUACCGGACUUAUUCAAAGAAAUAGAAGAAAAUGAGGCUCGAGGUCUCAAAGAUUGGCAAGACCGACUGAUUAUUUCUGACAGGGCUCACCUGGUUUUUGAUUUUCAUCAGCAACUCGAUCAACUGCAAGAACUUGAAAAGGGCACUCAGUCCAUAGGUACCACGAAAAAAGGAAUUGGCCCAACUUAUGCUAGCAAGAUAGCCAGAGCUGGAAUCAGAGUAGGAGAGCUCGUAGAAGACUAUGACAAUUUCUCCGAAAAAUUUAUAGCACUUGCAGCAUCUUGUAAGAAAAUCUUUCCUGCUCUUGAAAUAGAUUUGAAGGAGGAGUUAGAGCGUUACAAGGGAUAUGCAGACCGUAUCAGACCAUACGUCAAAGAGACGGUGCAUUACUUACAUCAAGCUAUCAAAGAUGGAAAGAAGAUUUUAGUUGAAGGUGCACAGGGAGCAUUGUUGGACAUAGAUUUUGGAACGUAUCCAUAUGUUACUAGUUCAAACUGUAGCAUCGGUGGAGUCUGUACUGGUCUUGGACUACCGCCUUCUGUUAUCGGAGAAGUUGUGGCAGUAGUGAAGGCUUACACUACUCGAAUAAGUGCUGGUCCAUUCCCUGCCGAGUUACUAGAUGCCACGGCAGACAUAUUACAGAACCGAGGUUGUGAGUUUGGACACAUAAUAAAGCAUAAAAGACGCUGUGGAUGGCUUGAUCUGUUCUCCUUGAAGUACACAGCGAAUGUGAAUGGUUACACCUCAAUAUGCUUGACCAAAGUUGAUAUUUUGGAUACAUUGCCAAGUAUCAAAGUCUGCACUGGAUAUCGUCUAAAUGGCAAGACGAUUGAGUAUUUCCCUAGCAGUGCAUCAAGUCUGAACAAAGUCGAACCAAUCUACGAAGAGUUUGAAGGCUGGCAGACGAGUACAGAAAGUGUACGCUCUUUUGAUAAGUUACCUUUAAAUGCUCAGAAAUACGUACGCUUCAUAGAAGAUUAUUUGGAUAUUCCAGUUAAAUGGAUAGGCGUCGGCGCAGAUCGAGAAAGCGUUAUUACUAUGUCUGACUCUCACAAUUCAUAGUGACGACGUGCCAAUAUCAACCACAAUGCGUUGUAUAUAUUGUUUAAAAUCUGAAGUUGCUGU